CGCCCCUCCCUCCUCGCCACGCCCCCUGUGGACGAGCCCCCACUCCACCACCCUUAUUACCUUGCCUUGCAGUGCUCAGAGCCAGCUGAAAGAGGAAUCAUCAUGGCAGUGGCGUUCCGCAGAGGCUACGGGGUCCUAAGAAGUCUUUCUCGUUUUGAGUGGCGAGGGCAACACACGAAAGCAUCUCACAAGAAGGAGCCAGGAUUAGGGUUUAGUUUGGAGCUGUCUGAACAGCAGAAAGAAUUUCAAGCAACCGCUCGAAAGUUUGCCAGAGAGGAAAUCAUCCCGGUGGCGGCAGAAUACGACAGAACCGGUGAAUACCCAUUCCCCCUCAUUAAAAGAGCCUGGGAACUUGGUUUGAUCAAUGCACACAUUCCAGAGAACUGUGGUGGUCUGGGACUGCGAACUUUCGAUGCUUGUUUAAUUACCGAAGAGCUGGCGUACGGGUGUACUGGGGUGCAAACUGCUAUUGAGGCGAAUUCUUUGGGGCAAAUGCCUGUGAUUCUUGCUGGAAAUGAGCAACAGAAGAAGAAGUACUUGGGGAGGAUGACUGAGCAGCCGCUAAUGUGUGCCUACUGUGUUACCGAGCCCUCAGCAGGCUCUGACGUGGCGGGCAUUAAGACCAGAGCGGAGAAGAAGGGCGAUGAGUAUAUUAUCAAUGGCCAGAAGAUGUGGAUAACCAACGGAGGGAAGGCAAACUGGUAUUUCUUACUGGCGCGCUCUGACCCGGAUCCUAAAGUGCCUGCUAGUAAAGCCUUCACGGGGUUCAUUGUGGAAGCUGACACCCCAGGAAUCCAUGUCGGGAAAAAGGAAUUAAACAUGGGCCAGCGAUGCUCCGAUACAAGAGGAAUCGUCUUUGAAGAUGUCCGAGUGCCUAAGGAAAACGUUUUAAUCGCUGAAGGAGCCGGGUUCAAGAUUGCAAUGGGGGCUUUUGACAGGACCAGACCUACAGUAGCAGCUGGUGCUGUUGGGCUGGGCCAGAGAGCUCUGGACGAAGCUACAAAGUAUGCCCUGGAGAGGAAAACAUUUGGGAAGCUGCUAGCGGAGCACCAGGGAGUUUCGUUUCUGCUCGCAGAAAUGGCGAUGAAAGUUGAACUCGCGAGACUCGCUUACCAGAGAGCAGCUUGGGAGGUUGACGCUGGCCGCCGGAACACGUACUACGCCUCCAUUGCAAAGGCCUUUGCUGGAGAUAUUGCCAAUCAGAUAGCGACUGACGCCGUGCAGAUCUUUGGAGGCUAUGGGUUCAACACAGAGUACCCUGUGGAAAAGCUGAUGAGAGAUGCCAAGAUCUAUCAGAUUUAUGAAGGUACUGCACAAAUUCAGAGGCUGAUCAUAGCCCGUGAGCACAUUGGAAAGUUUACAAAUUGAAAGAAAUUGCUAUUGAAAAGGUGCUUCAUCCUCGUGUAACUAAAUCUCCAGGCACUGUUUAUGCUUAGGAGGGGAAAAGGGGCUUUAUCGUCUUUCCCGGGCAAUGAAAUAAAGAUGAGUCACACAGAUCUGUGCCGUUUAUUCCAGUGGUGGAGAGUGCCUCUGUUGAACUCCACGGUGGCCUUUUCCAGAUGAAUUUGCUUUACUGAAACAAUGAGUUGCCCUUAGUGCCCCCUCCCCUAGACUAUGUUGGUUUACUCUGUGAGCAGUUAGAAAACAGUGGGAGAAAUCCAGUGCAGUUUUAAUGCUCAUUUGAGGACAGGAAAGGGGGCUUACUAAGAAAGAACUCGGUGAAAAUUCUAAAAUAACCAUGGAAAACCUGGUAGAGGGCUGGAGAGAUGGCUCAGAGGUUAAGAGCAGAGACUGUUCUUCCAGAGGUCCUGAGUUCAAUUCCCAGCAACCACAUGGUGGCUCACAGCCAUCUAUAAUGAGAUCUGGUGCCCUCUUCUGGCAUGCAAGCAUACAUAGAAGGAAUGUUGUAUACAUAAUAAAUAAAUAAAUCUUUAAAAAAAAAAGAAAAAGAAAACCUGGUAGAUUUGGACCCAUCAGACUCCAAAUACUUAAAAGCAUUUCUGUACUAAAGUGUGAAUUUUAUAGUUUUGAAUAUAUUUACUUGUUUUGCACAAAAGAGUAAAUAAAAAUUAUAUUUCAUUUUCUCCACUACAAAACUAAGAAAUUUCUGGAAAAUUCUUAAUACUGAACCAACAUUUUACUUGUCUUGUUUAAAAUAAUCCAGUAAAGCUAACUUUAAAUUAUUUUUCUAUGGCUCUUAGGGUUUGUGUGAAAUCUUUGGACUGCUGUCCAUAGCUGUUCACACACAACUUUUAAAAAGAACUGAAAUAAACCAAGCUGCGCACUA